CUCGUCGAUUUCCAAUGCGUUCGCAACCAAAAAUCAGUGCCUAGGAAAAGCGCCCGGUUCGCAUGGCCAGCGGGAAAGAGAUGCAGCUAUUUGUAUAAGUAUUUCGAGUGCUCGGGCGAUCGACGGUUAUAUUAAAGAUAUAUAUAAAUAUAUAUAGGGGCCUGUGUGCGUGCUGUGUGUGAUUUAAGUGAAAAAAUCCGAUUUGGAAACGUUGCAAUGCCCGAAUCCAAUUCAAAAUUAUUGUAAACAAAUAUUUUUUUGUAAUCUGUUAGCAACGGGAGACCAGCACCUGUUCUAACGAUAUUACGGAUAAUACCUGCAUUUGAAAAUAGUUGCGAAAGUUCGCUGCCAUUUAUAAAGAAGAAAAUAGAAACUAUGCUAUUUAUAAAACACAGCCAAUUUUUUUGGCCGUAAAUGAUUUGUAUAAACUGAAUAUUCCAAAAUUAAAUCAAACAAAACGUGAGUGGGCUGAAAGUUUGGUGAGGUGUCGCCGCCUGUGAAUGAAAGAUAUCGCAUCCUGUACCUUAUAAAGAAGAUCCUUUGAUUAAGCAGCCAUCAUUUAAUCCAAGGCUAGACGCACCACUAAAUCGUGGUGGUUACGCAACCCAGUGUAGAUCGCUGUGGUGGUAAAUUAAAAGUUCCGAACUCAUCCGCAUCGUCAUCGUCUGAAGCCCCUUGGAGGAGCAGAGCAGAGCAGAGCAGCUGCAGCGGAUGCUGCACCCUUGACGUGCUGAUCUGUCCUCAUUCCCCGACCCGUCAUCCAGCCGCAAAUUAUUCUAAAUGCGGAAGUAUUUCGUAAAAAGAAAAGCUAACAAGUUGUACGAGAUCAGAUGCAUCAUCUGUAUCCAUCGCUGAAAGGCGAUCAGCUCUGCCCACUUGGCUUCCAUCCCCAGACCCGAUAUCCGACACGAUGUAAGCGCUGUUUCCGGGACUACAAGGAGCAUGGGGCCCGCCGAGCCGGAGAGGAGGUGGCGGCCUCUUCUCCAAAUCUCUCCGAUGCCCAAACUUCACGGCCCACAUCCCGGACUUGGACGUCAACACAAAAUCUUUCCAGCAUAAAUACCCCCAAUGGGAAUGACAUAGUUGUCCACUUCAAUGUAGAGCUGAGGAAGCGUCCGCAAUCGUGGGCCUCUACCCCGGACAUUGAUGAGCCAGACGAUGCCGGACGUCGACCACAGCCGGCUGCCUCCAGCAGCAACAGCCGACCGUCCGCUAACGAGGAUCACAAUGUGGCCGUUACCGUCAAGUUGCCGGUUCCUCCGCGGCGACACACAACCGCCCUGGACAUCAAGGAGGUGGAACAUGCCCUCACACCGACAGCCCGUGUCACUUCCUCUCCCAGUAAAACUUCAAGUAUUCCAGAUGAGUUAGUCAUCCUAUCGACAGACAGUCUAGCCGAGCGUGUCCGUAAAAUGAAUCUCCUAAAGAAACAGCGCAGUCUGAACUCUCGGGAAAAUAGCAGAGAGCGAUCAGUUCCGCGAAAAGAAGAGGACAACGGGACCACAGCUGCACCACCACCGAUACCCGAUCGUCCAGAGCGGAGCAAGUCGGGUACUUCCCUGAACCAAGCUCCUCCAUCCGAACAGAAACGCGCCGCCCUACCGCCCAAGAAGGUGUCAGUUGCAGCAACCACAACAACUGCCAGCAGCAGUAGCACCACCAACAGCUCUACCCUAAAGACCGCAUCCUCCUCCGCAACCAGUGAAGUGAAGACCACCUCGUCAUCCAGUUCCUCGACAAGCUCCCUUUCGGUUCGACGCAAGGAGCCGGAUGCUGUGCCCACCAAGGAAAUAAAGAGACAAACUGUGCCGGCUGCCUCAACGACCAGCAGCACCGCCACUGCCCAAUCCAAGGGUCAGGACACUCAAGGCAUGCAGGAGCAAAUGAAGACCCUCAAAGCCGAUCUAGAGGCUAUGAAGGCCAGGGCGGAGAGAGCGGAGCGGGACAAGAGCGACAUCCUGCUGCGACGCCUUGCCUCCAUGGACACAGCCUCCAAUCGGACGGCAGCCUCCGAGGCUCUCAAUCUUCAGCAGAAGCUGAACGAUAUGAAGGAGCAACUGGAUCGCGUUACUGAAGACAAGCGGAAGCUCAAUCUUCGCAUGAAGGAGAUGGAGAACAGGGGUAACGAAUCGGAGCUGAAACGAAAGCUUCAGGCUGCGGAGCAGAUCUGCGAGGAGCUGAUGGAAGAGAAUCAAUCGGCCAAGAAGGAGAUACUCAACCUGCAGGCCGAGAUGGACGAGGUGCAGGAUACGUUCCGCGACGACGAGGUCAAGGCCAAGACGAACCUGCAAAAGGAUCUCGAGAAGGCCACCAAAAACUGUCGCAUCCUCAGCUUCAAGCUGAAAAAGAGCGAACGCAAGAUCGAGACCCUGGAGCAGGAGCGACAAAGUUCUUUUAACACCGAACUCAGUGCAAAAGUGAAGAAACUAGAGGAGGAGCUGCGUUUCUCCAGUGAACUGACCAGGAAAUUACAGACGGAAGCAGAGGAGCUUCGUAAUCCUGGAAAGAAGAAGGCUCCCAUGCUGGGUGUCCUGGGAAAGUCCACAUCCGCGGAAUCAAAGAUUACCCGAGAGUCCCUAACACGCGGCGGCUCCCAGGAGGAUCCGCAACACUUGCAGCGUGAACUGCAGGACUCCAUUGAGCGGGAGACGGAUCUGAAGGAUCAGCUUAAGUUUGCCGAAGAGGAGCUUCAGCAAUUAAGGGAUCGGGGAAAAAAGCGGGUUAGAUUCAGUUGUGGCACACAAACUUCUCCAGAUUGUGUCCAAGAGGUGAUGGCGUUUCCACGAGGCACUCAGACUAUUCCCAUAGUCCACAAUGAAGUAUCCACCAGUAUAGAGAACUUGGUAACCUCGGCCGAGGCGAACACCCAAACCGAUCCGGAAGUCUCGGUUAGAAAUGUGUCGAGUGAAAGGGAGACGACCCCGUUACCAUUUGGUUCCUUGUUUGGCGCACCAUCGGCCUCCAGAGUUGGUCAGUCCAAGACUCUGCUCUUCCCCAGUGCCAUGUCGCCCAUCCUUCUGAGUGGUGCAGGUCGGAAACUAAGUCCCACUCCACAUCCUCAUCGUUUGGCUCCCGAGGUGCAUGCAGAUCGGGAUGAGGGAAUCUCCGACGAGGACGAUCCGGCUGAACUGCGAAUUCUCCUGGAGUUAAACGAACAGGAAGCUUCGAUCUUGCGACUUAAGGUGGAGGAUCUGGAGAAGGAGAACGCCGAGUCCAAGAAAUAUGUGAAGGAGCUUCAGGCCAAACUGCGACAGGACAGUAGCAACGGCAGCAAAUCCUCCCUUUUAAGUUUCGGCACCUCUACUAGUGCGGCAGAAAAGAAGGUUAAGACCCUUAACGAAGAACUAGCUCAACUUCGUAAGACAAUGCAGGAGAAGGAUCAGACGGUGGAUACACUCAAGGAGCAGCUGUCGAAGGUGACCGCCUUGGAGUCGGAGAACGAGAAGCUGGCCAAGGAGAACAAGCGGCUCAUAACGCUGCGCAAGGCGGGCGAAAAGGGUGGCGAGGUGGACCAGAAAAUGAAGGAAUCCCUGGCAGUGGCCCAGCGUGAGAGGGACGAACUGACGGCCAGGGUCAAGAGGAUGCAGCUGGAGGCUGAGGCCAAAUUACCGCCACGCAUCGCCAAGCGGGUCAACGACCUGACGCCCAAGAGUCACCUCAAGAAGUGGGUGGAGGAACUUGAGGACGAGAUUUGUGAGAUGCGGGUGGUGCUCAGCUCGAAUGGAACUGAUCAGCUCAAAGCCCUGCAAACAGCAAAGGGAAAUCUGGAAGAGGAACUGCAGAAGUGCAAGCAGAAACUCACCCUGGCCGAGGGGGAUGUCCAGCGACUGAAGCUCCUCAACGGCACCAGCAGCAAGGUGACCGAUCUUGAGCAGAAGCUGAAACGCAGCGACGAGGAUGCGAAGAAGCUAAACUCCAAACUCAAGGACCUUGAGGAUAAGGUGAAGAAACAAGACGCCCAACUAAAACAGAGCGAAACCAACAAGUCCAGUUUGGAGUCGCAAGGAAAGCGGGAGAAGGAGAAGCUGGCCACUUUGGAAAAGGAUCUCGAGAAGCAGAGCAAGGAGAAGGAAAAGCUGGAGGCAAAGAUCACGCAGCUGGACUCUGACCUGCUUAGUGCCAAGAAAGCGGCCGAUAAGACCAAGUCCAGUCUGGAGAAGGAAAUCAAGGACCUGAAGACCAAGGCCAGCAAGUCCGACAGCAAGCAAGUGCAGGACCUUAAGAAGCAGGUGGAGGAGAUCCAGGCCUCACUGAGCUCAGAGCAGAAGCGCUACGAGGACCUCAACAAUCACUGGGAGAAGCUCUCCGAGGAGACCAUCCUGAUGCGGGCCCAACUAACCACCGAGAAACAGAGCCUUCAGGCCGAGCUCAAUGCCAACCGACAGAAGAUCGCCGAGAUGGAGACCAUCCGCGUCGAGCGCACCGAUAUGGCCCGCAAGCUGAACGAAGCCCAAAAGAAGAUAGCCGAUCUGCAGGCCAAGGCCCUGAAGGCGGCUAAUGGAAAUGGCUCCGGCGGGGAAUAUGAAAGAACCGUUCUCAAAAACAAGUUGGCCGAAAAGGAGCACGAGUACGAGCGGCUGCGACGGGAGAACGAGAUGAACAUCGACCUGGUAUUCCAGCUGCGCAAGGACAACGACGAUCUCAACGGCAAGCUCAGCGACUACAACAGGAUCGAGCAGGCCCAGACAUCACUGAAUGGUCAUGGAGCAAGACGGGAGGCCGAGAUCAGAGAGCUCAAGGAACAGUUACAGAGCACUGAGCUGCAGAUGAAGUCCGAGGUGGCCACCACUCGAUUGCGGUAUGAGCAACAGGUGAAGAACCUCAGCGGCGAACUGAACUCAAUGCAGCGCCAAUGUGAACGCUUCAAGAAGGACCGAGACGCCUUCAAGCAAAUGCUGGAGGUGGCCCAAAAGAAAAUUGGGGAUCUGAAGGCGAACAAUACGGGCCGACAGAGUCGCGGCUCCAUGCACAGCAGCGAUGAUGAUGACAAGAGCAAAAUUGCUUACCUGGAACAGCAGAUUGGUCACCUAGAAGAUCAGUUGGUUGAAUCUCGUCUAGAGUCGAGCAAAAUCAAAACGGAACUCGUCUCCGAGCGCAGUGCCAACGAGAUUAAAAUCUCCGAGAUGCAAUCGAAGUUAAACGAGUUCGAAGAGGAACGUGUCAUUGGAUCGGGAAGCACCAAGCUGCCGGGCAUGAAGACAAAGCUGGAACUGUCCUGGCAAAAGGAGCGUGAGGAUCAGCAGCGUCUGCUUCAGGAAACCUCCACACUGGCCAGGGAUCUGCGACAGACACUGUUCGAGGUGGAACGCGAACGGGACAAGGAGCGUUUGGAGUCCAAACGGAAGCUGGACCAAAUCAAGCGAGCCACCGAGGAAGAGAUGGAGGAAGGUCGAAAGAAAAUUGCCGAGCUUCAGUGCGACCUUCUCGAGCUCCGCGAUGUCCACGCCAAGUUACGCACCUCUAACGAGAAGCUGCGGCGAGAGCGUGAACGCUACGAAAAGGAAUUGAUCAAACGCCGCAUGGAGGCCGAUGGCGGUGACAGAAAAGUGGGUGCCCUCUUGCAAACUGUCGAUGAGUUGGUGAAGAUUGCUCCAGACUUAAAGCUGGGCAGCAGCGGUGGAUCAUCGCGUGGCAGUUCCGGAUAUGACAACAACCUGCGCCCGGAACAGCCCAACGUUCGUCGCUCACCAUCGCCCACCCUGAGCACUUCACAAAUCACUAGUGUUCUGGCCCGACUGGCCGAGGCUUCCGAAGAGCUGCGCAAGUUCCAGCGACUCAACGAGGACGAGCAGGAGCGCAGCCGAAUUCGGCGGGGCAAUUUGCGUCGGGCUGCUUCACAGGAAAACGACCAUCAUGGCAGCACCAGUUCCGUGGCCAGUGCAGCGGGAUCGCAGCGGGGUAGUGGACGCCUGUCCAGGAAUUCAUCCAAUAAUGGCAGUCUGAUUCGCAAGAGCCUGUCACUAGAUCACUCCAUACAGAGGGAUCAGAACAUUUGGCGCCAGGACGACGGUAGUGUCUCCUCUAUGCAAUCGAUUGACUCAGAACUGGGUGGCUUGGUGCGGGACUCCAGCUUGGAUUCACGUCUGGACUCGCGUCUAUCCGGCGGUUCCACCCAGAGCGAUUUACCACGAGGACCUCGCAAGAAAAAGAAGGGAAUUAUGGGCAAAUUGCGCAGCCUGACCAAGAGCAGUCGCAAUUCCGAGAGUGAAAUUUCAAUUCAAGGAUCUGACUCAGACAUUAGUGUUGCCAGCGAUAUGAGAUCAAGCAAAAAGGAUCUACGCGGGCGGCUCUCCGGCAUGUUCAAGCGUUCCGGCUCCAAUUCUCGCAGUGAAAGUAUGGAGCGGGCUGGAUCCGAGCAGAGACCCGUAGCUGUCACAGUCGUGGGCCAUCCAGAUGGACCGCAGCCGCGAGAGCCGCCUCCUGCAAAUUCCCUCACCCCAAGACCCAUACGUUCUAUACCAAAGCCACCUAGCGGCGGAGUACCCACCACGCCGACCACAAGACGACGCAUAGCCAAGUAGUCAUCACCGAUUUAUGGAUUUCGACCUCAUAGGCAUCAUCUAAUCGUAGUUGUAGGCGUUCGUUUAACCCUCGCCCUCAUUUGCUUCCAAAUUCAAGCUUCUACUCAUGCCAUACCUUCAUAUUUAUUUGUUGUUUUUAAAUACUUAAAUACAUUUUAUUUUAAAUUAUAAUCUCAACCAAAAUAAAGUCAUCUUCGAAUAAUCCAAAAGUA